UGACUCCAGGUGUCCUGUCUCACCUGGAGAAUGCAACAGAGACAUUAGCGUGAUGUUUCAGCUUCACGUGGUUACAUCAUGGGUUUCAUGCAGUCAGCAGCAGGGAGGGACAAGAGGCAAUCAGAGUGAAGCUGGAAAAAAAAAAACCCGAGCAGAAACGGAGAGCUCAGGACUCCCCUUCAGGCAUCCGAACAAGUCUGGACUGUUCUGCUGCUGCUUGUGUUCCACCAACGCCAACCGAGGCAGCCUGGGGAAGCAGAAACAGCGUUCCCAGUCUUCUCAGACCCCCGCAGGGAUGCAGCGACUGGAGUUGGGUGUUUGAGCUGCAGCGGAUGACCGUGGCGUUUGCUUUGUACUUUUUCAAGUUGUGACGCUGGACUCCGGCGACUGAGCGGCCGCUGACUGCACGGAGAGUCUGGGCUGGAUAUGCCACAGGUGGAGAGGUGUGGAGCGGCAGGCUGUGGCCAGGAGCACGGAGCAGAGAUCAGCAGGUUGUGAAGAUGUGGCGCUGGGUUUUCACCGUGACUGUCCUGUUUUCCUCCAUCAAACAGGCUAAAGCUCAGGGCAGGUGUAAUAAUGUACAGGCAGCAGAUAUUGUCUUCCUGGUGGAUGGAUCCUCCAGUAUCGGCCGAGCAAACUUCCUGCAGGUGAAGGGCUUCAUGGCUGGAAUUAUAAAGCCAUUUGCCGGCUCUGUCAGCGAUUCAGGGAUACGGUUCGGGGCCAUACAGUACAGUGACACCUCAAGGGUUGAGUUCACCUUCACUACCUACCUGAAUGGCACUGAAUUAGUCAACGCUGUACAGAAUCUAAACUAUAAAGGGGGAAACACACGAACUGGUGCUGGACUCAAGUUUGUCGCUGACAACUUCUUCAACCCCACAUCCAGUCGGGAUGUCCCAAAGAUCACCAUCCUGAUCACAGAUGGGAAGUCACAGGACAGUGUGCAGGAACCAGCACAGAAGCUACGGAGUCAGGGAGUGCAUGUGUUUGCAGUCGGCAUUAAGAGUGCAGACAGGAAUGAAUUGGCCCAGAUCUCCUCCCAGCCCAGCGAUGAUUUCACCUCGUUUGUUGGAGACUUCAAACUGUUGAACACACUUCUUCCUCUUGUGAGCCCUCGAGUGUGUUCAAAAGCAGGAGGAGUCUACGCCAGUGAUGAGGCCUUCUCUGGUCCAUCCAACAUACAGUUCACAGGGCAGACGUCCGACUCUCUGAGAUUUCGCUGGAGUGCAGCAGGUGGACGUGUCAGUGGUUAUGUGGUCCAGUAUGUGCCGCUCUCUGGCCUUGGUCAGCCAAUCACAACAGAGCUACGCCAGGAGACUGUUUCUUCUAGUCAGAGGACCUUCACUGCACGAGAAUUGAGGUCAGGAACAGACUACUUGGUAACUGUCAUCGCACAGUAUCCUAACAGCGUGGGAGAGUCUGCUUCUGCCAAACAACGAACCAGGUCAUUGCCAGGUGUCUCCAGUCUACGGUUGGUCCAGGCAGGCUUCUUCUCUCUGUCUGUGGGCUGGGAUGAGCCUUCUUCUCCUGUCCAGGGCUACAGACUCACGUAUGGCCCACGAGGUCAACCAGCCACUCAGCUGCUGGAGCAGUCACUGUCUGCAGACUCCACAUCUGUCACCUUGGAGUCACUUCAGCCUGACACAGAGUAUGUGAUCAGCCUGUACCCGCUGUUCCCCCGAAACUCUGCAUCCCCAUCUGUCCUGAACGCCCGCACAUUGCGCCUCGAGGCCGUGCAGCAGUUGUCAGUGGAGACGGUGUCAGAGGGCAGCGUUCGAGUGCGAUGGAGAGGUGUCAGCGGUGCCCGAGCCUACCGUCUGGUCUGGGGACCUUUUACAGGUCGUAACGUCGAGACCGUGGAGGUUGCCGGUGACGGUGAGUUCUACACUUUGACCAGGCUGCAGCCGGACACCGAGUACAUCGUCACCAUCAUCCCGCUGUAUGAAGGCAACACUGAGGGCCCCGUUGCAACAGCUAGGUUCAAGAUCGAGCGUCAGGAGCAGCAGGUCCUCAGAGCAGCUACCACCGGGCCCUCAUCUAUCCGCCUCACCUGGAGAUACAUCCAGUCCUCUCAAGGGUAUCGUCUGGAGUGGAGGGAGGGGGAAGGAGGUCGUGUCCAGAGCCUGUCCUUCCCUAGAAGCACCACCAGCCAUGAGCUGACAGGCCUUCAACCCAACACAGAAUAUGUCAUCAGACUGUACACCCUGUACGAAGGCCGUGAGGAGGCCACUCCUGUCUCCACCACAUCCAGAGAGGAACAGCCGGUGGGAAGGGUGUCCAACCUGCGAGUGGUGGAGUCUCUGGGCAGCACUGUCAGACUCGGCUGGACGGGUGUAGCCGGGGCCACACAGUACCGAAUCAUUAUCCUAAGUGCAGAAGUGGGAACAGAGGAAAUCCAAGUUAUCCCUGGAAACCAGACGACCCUUGACCUCAGAGACCUCAUCGUUGGAGUGUCGUAUGGCGUCAGUGUGACAGCGCUGGUGGGAGAAAAUGAAGGAGACCCAGUUACUGUCUACAUCAAACCAGAACAAGGUGCUGGGAGAGUGACCAAUCUCAGAGUUACAAAUGCAAACAGUCGAAGGUUGCGAAUUGCCUGGACUGGUGUCAGCGGGGCAACGGGAUACAGGGUGACUUGGAGACAAGGCAACAGUGCAGAACAGUCCCGUGUGCUGGGAGCAGAGGCCACGACUUUCACUAUCGACAGCCUGCAGCCAGAUGAGGGGCUGGUAAUUGGUGUAGCAGCUGUUGUAGGGCAGCGCGUUGGAGAGGUGGCCACGCUGUCUGCUCGGACUAAUCCCCACAGCGGAGGACUGUCUGGACUGCGCAUCGUUGACAUCACAUCUCAGAGGAUACGCAUUGUAUGGUCACCUACCGCGAGGGCAACUGGUUAUAAGAUCACUUGGCGUCGUGAUGAUGGGGUUGUAACAACUCGUAACGUGGGUGCUGACGUCUCUUCAUACACCAUUGAUGGAUUACAGUCGAAUUCGGCCUACAGCGUGCAGGUUUCUGCACUGACUGGGUCUCGAGAAGGAAGUCCAUCUACUCUAAAUAUCAGAACAGAGUCAGAUCAGUCUGUGGUUGGAACGGUAACGUCACUGCAAGUCCAGGAGACCCGUGGGGAGGUUGUCCGAGUCACUUGGGUCGGUGUGCAAGGGGCGACAUCUUAUCGAGUGUCAUGGAGGAGAACUGAUGGUGGUCAAGAGAGGAGUCAGCUGGUGGGUGGAGACGUGACCGCGGUGGAUUUAGACCGGCUGGACCCCGGAGCGCAGUAUGAGGUGCAGGUCAUGGCUCUGGUUCAAAAUCGAGAAGGAACUCCAGUGUCUGUCAGAGUCACCACACCUGGUGAAACUCCGCAACCUACAACAAAUUUGCGAGUGGCAGAGAUUACCCAGAAUUCUGUGCGGCUCGGCUGGACUCCUCUACCCGGUGCCACAGGAUAUCUUGUUCGCUGGAAAGAUGAGACAGAUUCUGGUCCAGGACUGUCCGUUACGCUGCCUUCCUCAUCCAGCUUCUACCAGGUCUCUGGACUACGUCUGGGCCGUCAAUACAGAUUCACCGUGCAGCCCUCCUUUGCUAGUGGGCUGGGAAGAGAGAGCUUUGUGGAUGAACGCACUGUGUGUGUGGGCGGUCGACUGGAUGUGGUGUUCCUGGUGCCGGCAUCGACUGAUCGGAUCAACCUUGCAAGAGCUCUGCGGGAACUCGUGACCAGUGCAGCAGGGUCACUUACCAAUAUUGGACCCCGUGACUCACAGGUGGGGGUUGUAGUAUAUGGAUUUAGACCCAAAAUAUGGUUCCUGCUCAAUCGCCACAGUAGAUCUGACACACUGCUCCAAGAGAUCCAGGCCACACCCUUUGAUGAAAGUCCAGGCAAUAACAUUGGUGAGGCCGUGACUUUCACCAGACAGUACCUCCUGACCCCCUCAGCCGGACAGAGACCAACAGUACCUGGUGCUGUUGUUAUCAUUGCUGACAGAAGAUCUGCUGAUAACCUCACCCUGGCAGCCAACAACCUCAGAGCUACAGGUGUGACGGUGCUAGCAGUGGGUGUAGACCAGGCAGACAGUGAGGAGCUGCGUCGGGCGGUGACGGACGGCAGCACCCAGAACAUCCUGUACACCCGCGAUGCUGCUCAGCUCAACACACUGCAUUCAGAGCUGGCAGACUUGCUCUGUGGUAUUGCCAGAAUACCGGAGGUAGCUCCAGGUCCGGACCAGUGCACCAUUCAGUGCCCUCGGGGUGAAAAGGGAGAACGCGGAGAAAGGGGCGAGAGAGGCAGAGAUGGGAUAGAUGGACGCAAGGGAGAGCCUGGUCGAGAUGGUAUUCCUGGGAGGGACGGCCCCAGAGGCCCUGAAGGACGCCCAGGUCCACCAGGCCAGUCCAUCCCUACUGGCCCUUCACUGGGGGUGAAAGGAGAAAAGGGGGAGAGAGGUUUUCCUGGUAUUGAUGGAAAUCCAGGGUUGCCAGGACGACCAGGUGCUCCCGGAAAUGCAGGUGUCCCAGGAUCACAGGGCCUACCUGGUAUCAGAGGAAACCCGGGUGAACCAGGAGGAACGGGCCCUCAAGGGUCGAAGGGUGAUAAAGGUGAAAGGGGUGAACCUGGCCCAUCUGUACCUGGAGGUGGUUUUCCAGGGCGGAAAGGAGAACCAGGCAUCCCAGGAAUACCGGGAACUCCAGGCCGGCCGGGCAGUGACGGGGCUAAAGGAGCCCCAGGAGUUCCAGGGACACCAGGUCAGGAUGGUCGUCCUGGAAUACCAGGAACACCAGGACUUUCCAUCAAGGGAGAUAAGGGCAGCCCAGGAGAGAGGGGACCUCCAGGAGUCGGCAGCGGGGUGGCUGUGAAGGGCGACAAGGGCUCCCCAGGUACUGCAGGGCCUCCAGGGGCUCAGGGUCCUAGAGGGCCAACAGGACCAGAGGGCAGAAAAGGAGACAAGGGCGAUGGGGCUGACGGGCAGCCUGGACCUGCAGGCAAACAAGGAGAGCCUGGGGACAGGGGUCCUCGUGGGCCUCCUGGAGAAAUUGGCAGCAAGGGUGACAGAGGACAGCCAGGUGAGCCUGGAUCACAGGGAGACAGGGGGGACAGGGGACCGGCUGGUGAAACUGGAGAGAGAGGGGACCCAGGCAAAGCAGGCCUCCCAGGGAUACAAGGGCCAAGAGGUUUACUGGGACCCAGUGGACCUGCAGGAGAAAAGGGAAAUGAAGGCGCACGAGGGGAACCUGGCAGAAGCACUCCAGGUUUCCCAGGGAAGAAAGGAGAACAGGGGGAGCGAGGCCUGCCUGGUGCUGAGGGCACGAGGGGAGAAAAGGGAGAACCAGGACAGAGAGGAGAGAAAGGGGCUUCAGGUUCAGGGGGAUCGGGUGUUCUCGGACCGAAAGGAGAGCCAGGAGAGCGAGGCCUUGCUGGUAUUAGUGGAAGACCGGGUGCCAAGGGAGAUCUGGGUGAACCAGGAGAGAGGGGAGAGAACGGACGCCCAGGAAUCCCAGGAAAACCCGGUUCUCCUGGAAAAGAGGGAGCGAAAGGAGAUAAAGGGGAUGAAGGCACUCCUGGGGAGUCUGGACUUCCAGGGAAGUCAGGAGAAAGAGGACUGAGGGGACUGGCCGGUCAGCCAGGAAGACCAGGAGAGAAAGGAGACAUGGGAGACCCUGGAGAGAACGGACGAAAUGGCAGCCCUGGACCUGCUGGACCAAGAGGAGAGAAAGGCGAACAGGGAAUUCAAGGGCCUGCAGGACCACCUGGAAAAGUGACUGAUAUCAAGGGCCAGCUGAGAGGAGAAAGAGGCGAGAAGGGUGAUGCCGGUGACCCAGGGGAGCACGGCCAGAAAGGUCAGAAAGGUGAAUCAGGGAUUCCUGGAGCUGCAGGACUGCGAGGUCCAGAGGGACAACGAGGGCCUGCAGGCACAAGAGGUGACGCAGGAGAAAGAGGAACACCUGGAGAAAAGGGGGAGAGAGGAGCAUCUGGCUUGGAUGGACGUCCUGGUCUGGAUGGUAAACCAGGUGCUGCUGGACCACCUGGACAGAGGGGUGAUCCUGGGAAACAGGGAGACUCAGGGAGAGAUGGUUUACCAGGACUAAGAGGGGAGCAGGGUCCUCCAGGGCCUGUUGGGCCUCCAGGCAAUUCAGGGACACCUGGUAAAGCAGGUGAAGAUGGCAAACCUGGACCUCCUGGCAAAAUGGGUGAGGAUGGAGUACCAGGUGAAGAUGGGAGAAAGGGUGACAAAGGAGAAUCUGGAGCAGCUGGAAGAGAUGGCCGUGAUGGACCUAAAGGGGACCGGGGUCUAGCUGGACUUGUAGGCCCUUCUGGUCCCCCGGGAGCUCCUGGAGUGCCUGGCAGCAUUGGUCCCCCUGGACAGGUUGUGUAUGUAAAAGGAGCCACACCAAUCCCAGGUCCACAGGGGCCUCCAGGAACGCCUGGUGUACCUGGAAUCCCAGGAGCUGUAGGAGCCAGAGGGGACAGAGGUCAGCCUGGCCUUAAAGGUGACGCUGGAGACCCGGGUGAGGAUGGAGCACCGGGGAAACCAGGGACAGCAGUGGAUGUACAGAAAGCGCUGGCAGGCCUUGGUAUUCAGGUGUCUGAUCUGAAGGUGGUUGUGGACAGGAAGGACGCACUCGUUGCAGCUCCAGCGCAAAAGCCAGAGAGAGGUGAAAAGGGAGACAGGGGGGAAGCUGGACAGAGAGGACCAUCUGGUGCAGAUGGCAGUCGUGGUUUUCCAGGAGAGAGAGGAGCUAAAGGAGAUCAAGGAGAACGAGGACCUGCAGGACCAACUGGGCCUCCGGGAAGAGCCAUUGGAGAACGAGGGCCAGAGGGACCCCCGGGGCCUGCUGGAGAGCCAGGCAAGCCAGGAAUACCAGGGGUUCCUGGGCGAGCUGGAGAACUGGGGGAGGCUGGAAGACCAGGAGAAAAGGGGGAGAGAGGAGAGAGAGGUGACAAGGGAGAUGCUGGCAAAAUCGGACUAACAGGACCAGCCGGCCCACCAGGUCAAAAGGGAGCAUCUGCUGACUCAGUGCUGGUCGGUUCCCCUGGUGCCAGAGGUCUCCCAGGACUAGCGGGUCAGAAAGGAGAGCCUGGUGUUCCAGGACUAACAGGACCCAAAGGAGAACGGGGUUUUGUGGGAUCUCGAGGUGAUAAAGGAGACAGAGGAGAGACUGGAGAAAAGGGACGUGAUGGCUCACCGGGAAUACCAGGAGAACCGGGAAAACCUGGUCAGGAUGGGAAACCGGGCUUGCCUGGGUUCCCAGGAGUUCUAGGCAGACCGGGAAACCCAGGAGAGCCAGGCAUUAGAGGGCCAACUGGUCCCAUGGGUCCAAACGGGUUGCCUGGUCCACCAGGUGUCAAGGGUAAUCAAGGAGACGCAGGAAUUGGUGUCCAGGGUCCUCCGGGUGCCCAGGGGAGCACAGGUCUGCCAGGACCUCCAGGCCCUCCAGGAGCUGUAGUAUGGUCCACAGGGCCCCCAGGACUCUCAGGACAGGUGGGUGAGGCAGGUAAACCGGGCGUUCCUGGAAGGGAUGGGGUCCCUGGGAAAGAAGGAAUACCUGGAUUACCAGGAAAGCAGGGCAUUGCUGGACCUCCAGGCCAGGCCGGCUUAAAAGGGGAGCAGGGAGAUAGCGGCCCUCCAGGGAAGUCUGUGGCUGGACCCCAAGGACCCAAAGGAGAGCGGGGUCUUCCUGGUCAAACGCUGCCAGGCAUAGCUGGAGAGAGGGGUCUGUCUGGCGAAAAGGGAAACAGAGGAGACAAAGGUGCUCCUGGCACCAAAGGAGAAAGAGGAGCAGUUGGUGAACAAGGAGAUCCUGGAGAAGAUGGUGUACAGGGAUCUCCUGGACCGAAAGGAGAUAAGGGAGAGAAGGGCAUCGGGCUGGCAGGUCCUCCUGGUCGGGAUGGGCCUGCAGGUUUAAAGGGAGAUCCAGGGCUUCCUGGUCCAACAGGUCCUCCAGGACCACAGGGAAAGUCUGGGAACACUGGGCAGCCUGGUGUGAGAGGAGAAAACGGACAACCAGGACCUCAAGGGCCUCCGGGAGAGAGGGGUCUCCAAGGCUUUGCAGGGCGUGCAGGAAAUGUUGGACCUCCUGGUCCUGCUGGUCCUGCUGGACAGGCAGGUUCUCCUGGAGCUGCUGGGGUCAAAGGGGACAAGGGGGAAGUUGGUGUUGGCGUUCCUGGUCCCAGAGGAGAGAGAGGAGAUUCAGGGCCCAGAGGCGAGGAGGGUCGAGCUGGCUUAGACGGGGAGAGAGGUCCAUCAGGGUCCCCCGGGAUCCGCGGGGUUCGAGGAGAGAAGGGAGACGCUGGGCUACCAGGUGACAAAGGAGAGAAGGGAGACACUGUCCUGGUGGGAGGACCUCCUGGAGAAAAGGGCAACAAAGGAGAAACGGGUGACAGAGGACCCAAAGGUGUACAGGGAGAAAAAGGGGUGAAAGGUCAAGAAGGUCCAGCAGGAGAGCAGGGUCUGAGGGGAGAACCUGGAGAACGAGGAUCCACUGGAUUCCCGGGUGCCCGAGGCCCUGGUGGACAGAAGGGAGAGGCAGGCCAACCUGGAGUACCUGGGGAAUCGGGUUUAGCAGGAAAAGAUGGACUGCCAGGGUGGAAGGGGGAUAAGGGAGAGAUUGGUAUCAUAGGAAUGAGAGGAAUCAAGGGUGACAGAGGACCCAAGGGGGUUUGUGGAGGCGACGGGCCCAAGGGAGAAAAGGGGGAUGCUGGCAUUCAUGGACGGUCAGGAUUACCAGGGCGAAAGGGUGAACAGGGGGACGUCGGACCACCUGGAGCCUCUGGGUCCCCUGGAAAAGAGGGACUAGUUGGUCCUAAGGGAGACCGUGGGUUUGAUGGGGUUGCAGGAUCCAAAGGAUCUCAGGGAGAGAAAGGUGAAAGGGGUCCUCCUGGUGUGCCUGGACCUCCGGGUCCCAGAGGAGUGGACGGGGCUUCCGGCUUGACCGGCCCACAAGGACCAGCUGGUGCUAAAGGCCCCGAGGGGCUCCAGGGACAGAAGGGAGAGAGAGGCCCUAUCGGUCCAGCCAUGGUCGGUCCAAGAGGCAUCCCAGGGAUCCCGGGAGAACGAGGAGAGCAGGGAGAGAUGGGCCCAGAUGGAACCAAGGGAGACCGAGGAGAGCCAGGCAUGACGGAGGAUGAGAUCAGAGAGUACGUUCGCUCCGAAAUGAGUCAGCACUGUGCGUGCGGAGGUUCAGGCCCCAACAUUCGGUCCAAGCCCACCGUCAGGGCUCGGCCUGCAUCCGAGCAGCAACUGGUACUGAAGGGUGAGGAGGGCCGGGAGCUGCGUGUUGUGGUGAACACAAAUGAUCCGGACUACGAGCACAUCUACUCCAUCGAGGCGUACGACGACCCUGUGAAUGAGCUGCUUUAUCUGCCUCCGUCUGCCAACCAAAGUGACGGUGAGGUCGACAAUAAGGAAUCUAAGAAAACAGUCAGAUUUGAACCAAACAAAUCAGCAAGUGGUGUCGCUCAGAAAACGGCAACAGUUGGUGGUCAGAAAACAGUCAAGGCCAGAUCAGUCAGGUCCAAGAGGAGAGUCAAAGGGGAAGCUCCAGCAGACCUGUGCCUGCUGCCCAUGGAGGAGGGGAGCUGUGGGGGAUACACUCUGCGCUGGUACUUUAACAGUCAGGCUCAGGCCUGCAGGCCUUUCAUCUACAGCGGUUGCGAAGGAAAUGACAACCGCUUUCUCCACCUGGAGGAGUGUGAGGAGGUCUGCCUUGGGGAGGCUGAAGGUCCUCGUCCUUUAAAGACAGCACGAUGAUUGUGGCCAAAUCCUCCUCUGCCGCAGGAAUGUUCGACUUUAUAUAACUUUUAUGGAUUAUCAUGUUGUGAAAUGUCUGUGGUUUUGUUUGUCUAUGUUCUUUUGUUGUUGUUUUUUUAAGCCCAAUCACUUACUCCUCUUCAUCAGGGGAUACGAGAAUGCUCCUCGGUUACUCUUGCAAAAAAGACAAAACUGUGUUUAUUAGGUUUAAAAUAUUUUCUUUAUAUGCAGUAGUAAAAAAAAAUAUUAUUUAACAUUUGCACACUGAAGAAGAGUGCCUUGUGGCUUGUUUUCUAGCUUCACCCUGAUUUUGUUAAGUGUGACAUUGAAACAGUUUUGUGGUACUUGAGCUUCUUUAGUUCAGUCAGUCAGUACAGUGUGUUUUACAGGGAUCCUGUUAUUUCACUUAUCAAGAGUUUAGUCUAAUAAUUCAACAAAACUGAAAAAAUAACAUCUGUUUGGAAGUGAGGGUUACAUUUUUUUAUCAAAAAAACAUAUAUAUAUUUUUUGUUUAUUAGAUAAAAUUGUAGAUAUGGAGAUAUAAUGUAUGUGGCCCGUUUCUAAACUGAACUGCCCACCCAAACACAGACAUACGGGGCCUACAAAUACAAUGGAUUUCUUAGAAGUAAAACUUUAAAAAGCAUUGAGAAAAGAGAAAAUACACAGCAUUAUUAGUCAUCCAUUUCAUUCUUUCAUGCAGUAAUGGGUCAAAGGAGAUCUAGAAAAUAAUAACUAAAUACAUGAAAGUUGUCUUUGCACAGGACAAACUGCAUCUUUUAUGACAAUCACUGACCUAUUAGUUACUGUUGAGCUCAGUAAAUAAUAAAUGUAGACAGGGUUGUGGGUUCUAUUUUUUCCAACUGUGCUAAAUGAACAUUUUAAAGUUUUCUUCUAGUAAUUAUCUUAUAUGAGUCAACUGCAUCAAGAAGUAAUAUUUUAUCUUAUUAUAUGAACUUCUUUCUAAGAAAUUGUCUUUUAGUCAAUUUGGAAAAUGGUGCUAAAUACUGUUGUAUUUAAUAAGUGGCGGCUACAGUAAUUGUUAAGAAAAAGACAGGAUCUAGAGGUGGAAAUCGGUUCAGUAAACUCUGACGGUUAAUCAACUUUAGACUUUAAUAACAGUCAAUUAUAUCUACAAAGCUUAACAUUUAUCUUUAAGCACUUCUCUAGAAAAGAUUUUCAUAAAAUUCUGUUUUUCUUUGGGGCACACACUGCAAUUUUAAUAAUACACUGACAGUCAGUAAAAACUUUGAGACCAUAUUUUUCAGCAUAUUUUUUAUUUUGAAGCCCGAAACUGGAUUUUCUUCAUAUGAAUCAUUUGUUUAGCAUAUUGGCAUACAGAAACAAAAAUCUAAAGUUUCAAGAAUGAUUUCAAAAUAAAGAAUUUCACAAAAGAAAAUGACACCUGCCAAACACAAAGUCACAACAGUCAUUACCGAGUAUGGCCUCCAUUUGCUUCGAUGCAGGCAGCAAUCCGUCGGCGCAUGCUUUGGACCAGGCUUCUGAUUAUGGGUUGGGAACAGCCCAUACGCCUGGCUACAUCACUGUAGCUCAAACCGGCCUCCACCAUAGCCAGUGCCCAGAGACGUUGUUCAUGUGAUAGACGUGGCAUGAUGCUGUUCUCUGGACUAACAAUGGUGGCCUUUUUUGGGCCUUUAUAUAGGCCUUCAAAACCCAUUCUCAAAUUGUGCAGAUACUGAGUAUUGCUUGGUGUGUAUUCGGUUCACUUUUGCAAAGUGACCAACCCAUGUGCAAUGAAUCAUGACAAAAUGACAACUGAUCAUUAUCUCAACUACCAGGGCACUAGAUAAUCAGUAAAUCCACAAUGAAUAAUUACAACCCCCCCUACAAGUAGAAUUCUGCAUACAUUUCUACCUCAAAGUUUCUAUUGACUGUCAGUAUAGAAACACAACAAAUCCAAAUAUUCCUUUAAAACAAGCACUUGCUGACUUCUGCUAAAGAAGAAGGAGAUGACAUAUUUCAUGUAAACAGUACAGAGUAUAUAUAAAGCUAGAUAAAUGUAUGUAAACAUACACCAUAUGAGGAUAAAAAAUAUAUAAUUUAUGCACCUAGCUUCAGUCUUUAACAAGAGCUUUAAGUUAUGAGAGUGUCUGUUUUCUCACUGCAGUGACCCUCCAAACAGACUUCUCUCCCCAAGUUUUUGUGUGCAUGUUCUGGUCCUUUUCCCUUCUCAGCAUAGUGGAAAUUCAUUACUUUAAUCAAGCAAGAGACAUCUAUGCCUAUCCGAACUGCCAAGGUACUCUAACUGUAAGUUUCCUGAUGCUGUCUACGCAAAAGAUGAAUGGAACUGUUUCCUUCAGAUCCCCAAAAUAACUCCUCACGCUUCUCCACACAGAAAUAACUUUGCAGGCACAAGUAUAUCGGGUUAUUAUUCUGGAUAUAGUUUUGUCAUUUGUACUGAAUAUGAAGUAUCAAGCACAAUAUUCUGCCAAUAUUUUGUACAUAAUGUUAUUAUUUGGGGGAAGUUGUGUUGCUGUUAAUGACUGCAUGUUUACCUGCCAGAGAAAAGGUGCUAUUUUUAAAAGGUAUUUUUAUACUGUGUGUUGAAGGCGUACGCUUGUGCAGUACAAACUGUAUUACUAUGGAACAUUUUAUUAAACAUUUCUAAAAAAUCAAA